GGCAUUAUAUUCUAAACCACCAGCAAUAAGCCAGGUAGAAAAUAUACAGAUGAAAAGCAUAGAAAUACUAUGUGCUAAUAGAAAUUAUUAGCCAUUAAUCAGCCUAUAGCUAGAUGCUACUUACUAUGGACGGGGAGAAGAAGAGGAAGAGAACAGAAAACAACGACGUUAACGGCGGAGAUCGGAGCAAGCAUGAGAUAGAAAACGUUGUGAAGGAGGAGGAGACGGUGGUGUUACCGCCGCCAUCAGAGGCGGAAGUUGACGAGUUCUUCGCGAUCUUGCGGAGGAUGCACGUGGCAGUGAAAUAUCUCCAGAAGAAUUCUCAAAUUGUGCCAAACGUUAACGAUCACGGCAGUAAAUUAACCGCAUCGCCGGCCGGUGCGAACAGUGUUUUAGCUGGCCAGAGAAGAACACUAGGAAUCGUGAGAAACGGUGGUUUGGACCUCAACGCUUUACCAGAAGGCGGAGAUUAACGCCGUUUAAGCUUUUUACAGAAUUGAACACGUAACAUGUGCAUUUUAAUUAGUCGACGUUGAAAGUCGCUGUUUCUGCUGUACAGGUUAAGCUUUUACAGUCGAACUAUAUUAUUCCCUGUUCUCGUCGAUUUGAAGAACUACGCCUACUUCUCAGUUUUGGUCUCUCUCUUUUUUUUUUUUUUUUUUUUUUUUUUUUUUUUUUUUUUGGGGGGGUACUAAAUAAGUUUUUGCACUUGGUAACACAUAUUUUUCUGGUGAUUCUAAAUAACUGCACUAUUGUAUAAACUAAUGGAGUGGUUUGCUCUUUA